UCAUGUGAAAUAACACCAAUUCAUCAUCAUGUGGUCGAUGACCGCUCAAACACAUACUUAUAUGUAAUUUAGAGGGAUAUCACAGGAAUUACAGAUAUAAAUUUAUGUUACAUGGUAAAAAUUUCAGUAAGUCGUGUGAUAUCCCUAUGGUUGACCAUUUUGACAACACGUUGGAGGUCAAACCAAAUUACUUAGCAUGGUUGGCAGUUGCCGUAUCCAAAUUGACCAUGAUCAAUUUCACCGCCCAUGCUAAUAAGCAUUGCUCCUAUUGAAGAGGGUCUCGUUUCCUUCCUUCUUCGACCGCCUCGCCUAUCGACCGACUCCGAAGGUUAAAGCGAGAAGAAGAGAAGAGCGAACAAGAGAAGAAGAGUUGCCAGAAGAGCCGUGCGAACCCUUGUUUUUGAUAUGAUGCAACCCUUGGUGGUGCCGAAUCCCUCUCCUUGUACCGAAGCCGCCUCCUCUUCUGCUGUCGCGGCCUUCUUACCCUUCCGUCCGCUCUGUUCUAAGGAAUCGGCCUUUCGGGGAACCAGAAUUCCGAUCGCGACGCGUGGGUUUCGGUCGCAGAGGGCUUCCUCUUUUCGUUGGAUUACCAGAUCUAGGAGGCCACCUGUGGUUAAAUCAAUUGCUACUCAAGACCCAUUGGUUGAUUUGCCCCUAACUGCUGAAAAUGUCGAGUCAGUAUUGGAUGAAGUGCGUCCAUAUCUUAUCGCUGAUGGAGGAAAUGUUGCACUUCAUGAGAUAGAUGGAAAUAUUGUAAGACUAAAACUGCAAGGAGCGUGUGGGUCUUGUCCAAGUUCUGUAAUGACGAUGAAGAUGGGCAUUGAGCAUCGGUUAAUGGAAAAAAUUCCAGAAAUAGUUGCAGUGGAACCAAUCACCGACCAAGAGACAGGGCUUCAGCUGAAUGAAGAAAACAUAGAGAAGGUACUCGACGAGAUAAGGCCAUACCUUGCUGGAACCGGUGGCGGUGAGCUUGAGCUAGUCAAAAUUGAGGAGCCUAUCGUGAAGGUUCGACUAACAGGCCAAGCUGCCGGCAUCAUGACAGUUCGAGUGGCAGUAACACAGAAGCUGCGAGAAAAGAUACCUGCCAUUGCGGCUGUUCAGCUUUUAUCGUAGGUUUAUCGAAAGACACUAUUUCUGUUCAUUCGAUGAUAGAAUAAAACAUUGUAUAUGAAUAAUUUUACUUUUUAUACAAAAGUUCAAAGUCAUCAUCAUUUUCGGAA